CCAACAUUCAAGAAACAUCAACAUAGAAAGAAACGAUAAAGAUGCCAACCAGUGCUCCCAGUACGAGAAUCAUGCCUGCCGCUGGCAGACCUGGGACAAAAUCCAAAGCUGCUGCUUCUCCUAUAGAAAACAUCCCAGACUAUGAGCCAAACGUCCCUGAGCCCACAUGCAGAGCUGAUCUUUUGAAAUACUGGAUCAACCUUUCCCUGGAUGACAAGACAGCCAAUAAGAUGCUGUGGAUCACAGAGGGUGGAUCCAAGGUGUCACGCAUGACUGAUGAUGUCACUUGCCCCGUACUGGACAGGCCAGAGAGAUAUGAGCAUGUACCUCAGGUUCUCUGCAAAGAAGGCAUACUGGGCUUCCGAGCUUACUGGGAAGUUAAAUAUUCAGGAUGGGUGGUCCUCGGAGUCACCUAUGAAGGGGCAGGGAGGAGGGGAAGCGACGGACCCUGUGGGCUGGGAGAGAAUGAACAGUCCUGGGGUCUUGGGUGGGGUGGAUCCCACUACCAGUUGUGGUUCAAUGGUACAAACACAGAAAUCUGGGAUAUUCCCCAGUGCACCACCAUCGGGGUGUACCUUGACCAUCCAGCUGGUGUCAUCAAUUUUUACGCAGUUGAAGAGGUGAAGGAUGGAGGGGAGGGCGAAGGCAGGAAGGAGAUCAGACUGCUGCAGCAGAUUAAGAGCUCCUUCAUGGGGAGAAUGUUGCCAGGUUUCUGGGUAGGACAAAAGUCAUCAUGCGUUUUUGUUGAACAAGAAGACUAGAGUGUGUGUGUUUUUCCAUUGCCAUUUCUUCCAUUUCCAUUCAAGCUUCAUUUACAAUACAUACCCACUCGUAACAGAUACUGUAGGAUAAUUGAAAUUUAAAAAAAAAAGAUGCAUAGAUCAUGUAUAGAAAAUCAUAAUGUAUACAAAUAUAUAUGUACCAAGACGCUGCUAUUUGUUUAAGUGUUUGAAUGUGCAUAAUGUGUUUAUUUUGUCAAAACUGAAUGUUAAAUAUCGACAUAUAUAUGUAUAUAUAAUGUAGCAUUGUGUACUUAAUAUUCUGGCAAUAUCAGU